GACGAACUUAGGAACGACCCCCUCUAUAAUACAAGAACGUGUAAUACUGGAGUGCUUUGACGCAAGAUGGAGGCUCUGCAGGAUAAGAAGGUGGAGUUCUUCUCCAUGGAGAACAUGAAGAACAACGAGAAGGCCGUCGAGUACGUUCAUACGUCCAUGUGUGUCAUCGCCGGCUGCAUCGCGGGCAUCACAGGCAUGACAGGUCUGCAGGGUUUCGCCUUCUUAGCUGCUGCCUACGUGUCCACUGCUGCCUCGAUCUGGGUCUUCAAGCUCGGCAUGGACGUCAAGGUUUACUUCAACACGAACGCCUUCAGCUUCAUCUUCGCCGGAGUCUUGUCCCAGGCGCUGUCCUUCAUCCUCUUCUGGACGCUCUCCUACGGACUCGUGCAUAUUUAUUGACCGGCCCCAAGCUGCAGAAGACGAGAUAUCCAAGCGACGUACUCAAGACAAAGGCGGGCAGGUUAUACGAUACCGGUAUAUGACAUUCAUGCCUACAGGGGGCAGCAAUUGACGUCCAAGGGUCGAUGCAGAUGCUACUUUACAGCAUCCUGUUACCAAGGCGAUAGUGCAUUCAUCUAGAACCAAUUUGAUAAUGACAUCGUGCUCGUCUUGCGUUGCGUUCAA